AUGAUAGAGAUCUCCGCCCUCUUUCGUCAACAAUGCAAAGAAAUGCCUAUUUUAAAGAGAUUUAUUGAGGAAGAAAAUCUUUUGACACCAUCGAAUAAAGAACAAGAUGAUGAUACAAUGGAUAGGCAAAGGGAACCCACGGCUCAAAUGGCACAAGGGGAUCGUACUGAUCUAGUGUGCCAAAAGGAGGCUACGAUACCAUUGUCACAAAAGGAAUCCACGGCACCAAUGUUACAAAGGGAUCUUACUGACCCAAUGUGGCAAAAGGAGCCUGGUGUACCAUUUUUGCUUCAAAGAGAGCAAGGUUUAAUAAAUUCUGGCAGAGGAGUGGAUUUAUUACUAUCUAAUCAAUUUGUGUUUGAUCUGAUUUGCGAUGGGCAAAUAAUUGAUAAAAAGACAAACACAAAGCUACGUAACACGAAGUUAGGUUGGGUAGCAUAUGGACUGAUGAUAGCAAAUGGUUCCAAACCAGAAUCAAGUGUGGUCACAACAAUUCAAACAUCUUGUGAUGAAUUGUUACAAAAGUUUUGGGAAUUGGAUGAGAUUCCAAAAAUGAAUAAUCUCACAGUUGCGGAAAAGCAAUGUGAGCAACAUUUUGAAGAAAACUUUAAAAGACUUACAGAUGGUAAGUUUGAAGUUAAACUUCCAUUUAAAGAUGAACAGAAUAAAUUGGAUAAUUCUACCAUAAUAGCUAAAAGAAGGCCAGAGAGUACAACAACUAAGUUAAGAGUUGUAUUUGAUGCGUCUUGUAAGACAACAACUAAUGUUUCGCUAAAUGAUAUUUUACAUACUGGUCCUAGGCUGCAAGAAGAUCUUUUUAAGAUUUUAUUAAGAUUUAGAAAACAUCGUUAUGUUUUUUCAGCUGAUAUUGAAAAAGUGUAUAGACAAAUCUGGAUUUCUGAAGCUGACAGAAAAUAUCAGUUAAUAUUUUGGCGCUGGAAUCCAGAGGAAACUAUUAAAACAUAUGCUCUUAAAACUGUUACAUAUGGAACAGCUUCGGCUCCAUAUUUAGCAGUAAAAUGUUUACAAAAGAUUACAGAUUGUAAAGAAGACAAUUUUUCAAUUGAAUCAGACGUAAUUAGGAAUGAUUUUUACAUGGACGAUUUGAUGACUGGAGGAGAUUGUAUAGAAUCAUUAAAACGAGUUAGAGAAAAUAUUGACAAUAUAUUGAUGGAGUACGGUAUGCCUUUAAGGAAAUGGUGUACUAACGAAAAAGUAUUGCUCCAAGGUAUUGAUCCCAGUUAUAUAGAAAAUGAUUUAAAUAUAGAAUCAAAUAAUUUGAAUUCUGUUAAAACAUUGGGGAUUGUAUGGAACCCAAAAACAGACAGAUUUAGUUUGAAAUGUAAAUUGGAAUUUCAUAAUAAAAUUUCAAAACGCACAAUUUUAAGCGAAGUUGCUAAGUUAUUUGACCCACUAGGUUUAAUAGGAUCAGUAACGGUGACAACAAAGAUGUUGCUCCAAGAUUUAUGGAAGUUAAAACUUGAUUGGGAUGAUAACGUCCCAGAGCAAAUGACUGAAAAUUGGAUUAAAAUUAAAGACAAUUUCAAAUUUCUCAAUGAAGUAAACGUUCCAAGACUUAUUAUUUGUGUCAAACCAACACAAAUAGAAGUUCAUGGAUUUUGUGAUGCAUCCAUGAAGGCAUAUGGGGCAGCAGUCUAUGUAAGGUUCAUAGACAGCAAUGGGAUAGUUUACUGUCAUUUAGCUGCAUCUAAAUCAAGAAUAGCUCCUAUUAAAAUACUUUCACUGCCAAGAUUGGAAUUAUGUGCAGGGGUGUUAUUAGUUGAGCUAAUAAAAGUAGUAGUCGAUAGCUUUAAGAUAGCAUUCAAUGACAUUUUCUACUAUAGCGAUUCAACAAUAGUUUUGAGUUGUCUUAGAUUAGAUCCCGCACGUUUGCAGAUAUUUGUUUCAAAUAGAGUAAGCUUUAUACAGGCAAAUAGUAACAUAAAUAAAUGGAAACAUGUCAGCUCAGAAGAUAAUCCAGCAGAUCUUAUUUCAAGAGGAUUAUUGGUCAAGGAAAUAGUAGAAAAUAAAUUUUGGUUUAAUGGUCCUAAAUUCUUAUUGAAAAAGGAGCCAUAUAUUUCAAGGAUUUUUGAAAAGUGUGAGAUACCAGAAAUAAGAAAGUCUGCUAAGGUUAUUACAGCUCAAGAGUUUGGUAAAAUAAAUCAUAGGAAUAAUUUUAAUGUUUUGCAAAUUGUAGACCAUAGGCAUCUGGAUGGUGGUCUAAGAUAA